CUAGGUAUUUUUAGCGUCCUGCCUGUGUACGGUUGCUAGCUGAUGUUAAGCCUGCUGACAAAAAAUAAAAAAAAUGUAAGCGAAGUCCUCUCGAAAAAAAUGUAUUUUAUAAGUUUAAACCACGGGUUAACGCACCAACGAAAGUUUUAUAUGUUUAUAUUCACCGGGUAAAUGGUGUACGUUUAAAGUGAAUGAGCCUUCAACGUGUUCGCUGAAAUCGUUACUGAUUGAGAAAAGUCUUUCUUGUCAGUAGGUGGAAAUUUUGGGCUGCACAUGAACUCCAAGGAACCAGCCAAGAUGGGGGACAUCUUGGCUGCUGAAGCAGAUCUUCUUGGAAUGAUCAAAGAGUACCUUAAGUUUGAGGAGUUUGAAGAGUCUGUUCAGAGUUUUGACAAGGAGUGCAAAAGCAAAGGCAAGCUUGUCUCAAAGCCUCGAGGAAGUACUCUCAGAGAUUCAAAAACCUAUGCCAUCCAGAAAGACCUCCUUAGCUCUUUUGAUGAUGGAGACCACAAAGUGUUCUUUGAACUGUGGACAGAGAAUAUUCCUUCAGAGGUAAAAGAUGUAGAUGCAGAGGCACAGAGCCUGGAAUUCUAUCUUCACAUCCACUUCACUAUAUACCCACUAAGGAGGCACCCUGGGAGACAAGACCGAGCUGAUUUUGAGGAAAGGAUUUCUUACUUCAAGCAGUACCUUGAAACACGGGGCUCGGCUCUGAGCCAAACCACAGAGUUUUUGCCUUAUUAUGCUUUGCCUUUUGUUCCCAACCCAUCUGUUCACCCCUCCUUCAAAGAUCUCUUUCAGGAAUUCUGGAUACCACAGUUGAAAGAUAAGCUGGAGAAGUUCCUGUCAAUUACACUAAAACCGUCCAAGACUCCAAGGCUGAUGACUUUAUAUAAAGAAGGAGGAAGGAGCGCUAAAGAGGCCAUACAGCAGUUACAGCUUCAGCUUGCUGAAUCGGAACGACGUGUCACCAGCUAUGUGCGGAGGUUUAAUAAGAUGCAAGCCGACUACCACAACCUGAUUGGAAUCACUGCUGAGCUGGUCGACUCUUUGGAAGCCACAGUCAGCGGAAAAAUGAUUUCUCCUGAGUACCUGCAAAGUGUGUGCGUUCGCUUGUUCAGCAGCCAGAUGAGGCAGAACGUGAUGCAGAGCACUGAUUUCACCAGGCCUGGCACUGGAUAUUACUCUAUGAGUCCCUAUGAUGAUGGCUAUGCCUCUUCCAUGCUUCGGGCAUCCAUUGCACCACAAAGACCUAAGGAAGUGCCAAUGCUGCCCUCGUUAGAUUAUGAGAAGCUGAAGAAAGACCUGCUUGAAGGCCCAGACAGACUUAGGUGUCUGCUGUUGCAGGCCCUGCGCUGGAGACUCACCCGCUCACUCCCUGGUGAACAGAGAGACACCGUUCUUCAGGCCUACAUAAGCAAUGAUCUGCUGGAGCGCUACAGUACUAAGCAGAAAACUGUGCUUCAUUUAUUGAGAUCAACAAAUAAGACUGUCCAACAAUACAUGGCUCGCCUCAUCAAUACAUUUGCUUCUCUUGCAGAGGGGCGGGUUUACCUCUCCCAAAUUCCCAUUCUUCUGAAACUUCUGACAGAGGCCCUCAGAAAGGAGGAAAAAGACUCCAUGACAAGAGAGCAUGUACUGGUAGCCCUGCAGAAACUUAGCCUCAGGAGAAGCCAGCAGACAGCCAUGAUAAUAGACGAUUUGAUUUUCUGGCUCGUGGAUGAGCUGCAAGACUCUGACUGCCUCAGUGACUACACCCUGGAUUACUCUGCAGCUCUGCUAAUGAACUUGUGUCUGCGAACUAAAGGGAAAAGGAAGUGUGCAGAAAAUGCCAAACAUGUACUUAAGGUUCUGACUGACCUCCUUGGACAUGAGAACCAUGAGAUUCGACCAUAUGUGAAUGGAGCCCUGUACAGUAUCCUGUCUAUCCCCUCUGUGCGACAGGAAGCCAAAGAGAUGAGCUUAGAGGAAAUUCUUCGGUGCUACAACAGAGAGGAAAAUCCAGAUCUCAACAGACAGAUUGAGUUCAUCAUCAAACAGCUAAACUCAGCUGAGGAAGAAGGGCCAGAGUCGGAUGAUGAAGAGGAGGAAGAUGACAAUGAUGAAGACUUGAUGGAAACUGAACUUGACAAAGAGGAAGUUCUUCAACCACAGAACAGAGAACUGUUUGGAGAGACUCUGCUCACCACUGAGUACCUGGGAAUUAUGACCAACAUGACGAAAGUGAAGAGGAAGACAACACCUUUGAUGCAUCCAAAUGGUGAUGAGCCCUUACAGCGACCAGUCACCCCUAGUUCUCUUCGUAAUUUAAGCGGAGGUGACCAUCAAGGCAUCUCUGAGACACAUGCGAGUAGCAGGGACAGGGAAUACCCUCGGAGCAGACAGAAGAGUGAGGAAGGAAGCCUGCUUCCUUCUCAAUACAACUCACGACCUCCUACACGCUCCGGGAGCCGUCCCAGUACCAAUGAUUCCCUGCGACACAGCAUUGAUUCAGUUUGUGGCCCGUUCUCCCAGCAGUCAGAGUUAGAAGGGGCAUAUGAAGGCACAGCCAGGAAAGGACAUUCCCAGGAGGAACACAAUCAGCACUCUACCAGUAGUGAAUAUAUUUCAGCAUUUGCAAGCCAGCCUAAGAUUCCACGCACACCUGACACCACAGUCAAUCAGAGCAAUUCUCACCGGGAUCGCGGGCUGACCCUGGCACCCCAGCUUUCAGAGUCAGAGCCACAGCAGAGCAGCCGGCCUGGCUCUGCCAGCUCUACGGAAGGAGGGGGAGGUGGAGGUAGCCAGUCAAAGAGGAGGUGAGGAAGGAGCUGUCACCACGGUGUAGCGCUAUCUCCCCAGGAGCAUCAGGCUUCCUGUAACAUCAUCCCCCCAGGUUGUGAUGAGGGUUCGGAGCAACAGAGAUGGUCAAGCAUCAGCGGCAGCAGCAAGAGGAGGAAGAUGAGUGUGUGGAACAAUGUGUAGGAUUGUGGCUCUCCAUUUUUUUCCUCCUCUUUUGGCUUCAAAACUACUUUGGUAAUAUAAUAUGAAGGCAGGCGAUAAUGACAACCCCCAGCCAUGCAGUACUGUGCACCUUGAAGCUUCUAAAUUUUUGUCUUUCUCCUUAUAGUGUUACUUGGAACACUUUGAGCUAUGACAAAAGUUAUCUGUAACAAGAUACAAGUUAUUGUCCAACUUGGAUGUAAAACUCCGAUUUAGAGCCAUCCAGCAGAAAUUACCUUGCUUUCCACUUUCACGGAUUUCUUUCCCAUUUCCUUACUUCCAUAUCGAUGAACAGAUUCCCAGAGAGGCCUCAUUUUGUGAGCUCAUGCUUUCAAACUUGAGUUUUAAAAGAUGUAAUGAGCAGAUCUGUAACACAGAAUCUGUAACUCACAGUUCAAAUUUACGUCAUUAAUCCUCUAAAUUUAAUAACUGCACUGUAUUUUUUUUCUUCAACUGUGUUUUAUAAAUAAAUAAUGAAUGUAGACGUUUUGCUUGAAAUAUAAAUAUUUUUCUACAUGUCCAGCUCGUAUGAAAGUACCUGCUACUGACCCCAGGAGAACCCACAGGUCCUGGUAUGACAUGGCAGGUUAGUGUAUGUUUUUGAAGGAUAUUAGGAUCAUUUGAUGCCUUCAGCAUUUGACAGAAAAUAUAAAUAAAUAAUUUUUUUCAUUUUUGUGAACGUCUUGAAUUUGAGUUGCUUGUAUUGUACAUUUUUACAGUUUUCGGUUGUGAUGUAUAUUUAUGCUAGUGUUGAACUUUUCUUCUAAUGCAUUGCAAUGAUUUUCAGUAGUUUGUAAUAAAUGUGUCACAUCA